AUGAGUGCAUUCACCAUCACCCAGCCCGACGGCUCCUCCCGGACCUUCGUCGGCUACCAAUACAGGCCGCCGCGGGAGGACUGCAAAGAGUACACCACAGCCGGCACCAGCAACCUCGACCACCUGCCGCACAAGGUCGACCUGCGGCGGUACAUGUCACCCGUGGAGAGCCAAGGCCAGACGAUGAGCUGCGUGGCCAACGCCGUGGCCGGCGCGUACGAGUACCUGGUGAAGCGACACCUGGGCGCGCACGGGUACGACGUCUCGCGGCUCUUCAUCUACUACAACGCGCGGCUGGUCAACGACCCGGACGGCGCCGAGACCAUCUCCGACAGCGGCAGCAACAUGGAGCACGCCAUCGACGGGCUGCGCCAGUACGGCGCCUGCUCCGAGGAGACGUGGCCGUUUGACGAGGCCGCCGUCAACCACCAGCCGUCGCAGGAGGCGUACGACGAGGCGGCCGGUUUCGUGAUCGAGGAGGCAUUCCGCGUCAAGACGGAUCUGGACCUGUGGCGCACCGCGCUGGCCGACGGCCACCCCAUCAUCUUUGGCGUCAAGACGUACGGGUCGUUUGGGCAGCCGCGGAGAGGGGUGGUGCCGGUGCCGACGGCGGCGGAGGAGGCCAAGGGCGACGAGGAGGGCAGCCACGGCGAGCACGCCAUGCUGUGCGUGGGAUACUCCGACCCGGAUCAGGUGUUCAUCGUGCGCAACUCGUGGGGCGAGGAUUGGGCGGCGGCGGGCUACUGCUACAUGCCGUACCGGUACGUCAUGAGCGAGCGGUGGAACCUGGAGGACUCGUGGGUGGUGGAGCGGGUGGACGUGCUGCCUCCGGACGAGGACUGCUGGGCCGAGGACGACGAGACGGUGCUGGAGGAGGUGUCUGGCGUGAUUGCCGACAUGAGCGAGGACGAGUACGGCAACCUGGUGGAGCGCAUGGGCCCCGUGCCCGUCGAGGUGCGACUCGCGCUGCUGUUCCUGCGCGCGGCGGGCGCGGACGGACAAGUGGCCGAGGAGGAGAUGCAGGGCGCCGUCGACCACCUCGCGCCCGUGCUGGAGGAGCUGGGGUCCAAGCAGAACGCGGACGCGGUGCUGCGCAACACGCACGCGCGGUUCGGGGACGACGACGCCCUGGUCUGGGACACGGUCGACGUGUUCCGCGAGGUGUUUGCGCCAGAGGUGCUGGCGUCCAUCACGGCGCAGCUGCAGGACAUCAUUGCGGCGGACGAUGAGGUCAGCGAGGAGGAGCAGCACUUUGUGGACACUGUGAUUGAUCGUUGGCAGGUUGCACCGGCUGCGGAGGAGGAGGAGGAGGAGGAGGGUCAGGUUGAUGAUGGUGAAGGGGAUGGGGAUGAUCAGGGGGAGUUCGAUGAGCAGCAGCAUGUCGAGACUGGCGAGGAUGAUUAUGACGAGCACCAUUAUGCUCAUGAGGAGGACGUCGACCGUCAGUAG